AUGGGUAGAAAGCGCGGCUUCGCGGAAGCGCCGGCGGAUUCCAAGAUGGCGGCUGGGUGCUGUGGAGUGAAGAAGCAGAAGCUGUCGAGCUGCUCGUCCGCCGCUGCCGCGUCGACGUCGUCGUCCUCGGCCGCCGUCGCUGCCGCCGCCUCCUCCUCGUCGUCCUCCUCCUCCUCCUCCAACAACACCACCACCACCACCAGCAGCGAGAACCACUGCAAGGAGGCGGGCCGGGCCAACGGUUUCGGCGGCGGGUGCCCCGGCGGCAGGAGCAUGGUGGUCAACUCGGAGAUGUGUUGCUUCUGCUUCGACGUCCUGUACUGCCAUCUGUACGGAUAUCAGCCGCCCCGGAGCCCGCGGUUCACCAACGACCCGUACCCAUUAUUUGUGACGUGGAAGAUUGGCCGUGAUAAGCGGUUGCGGGGAUGCAUAGGUACUUUUUCUGCCAUGAACCUGCAUUCAGGACUCAGGGAGUACACUCUUACCAGUGCCCUUAAAGAUAGCCGCUUUCCUCCAAUGACGAGGGAAGAGCUACCGCGGCUUUUCUGCUCCGUGUCACUUCUCACCAACUUUGAAGAUGUUGGAGAUUAUUUGGAGUGGGAGGUGGGUGUACAUGGCAUUAGAAUAGAAUUCAUCAAUGAAAAAGGAUCAAAGCGCACCGCCACGUACCUGCCGGAGGUUGCGAAGGAGCAAGGCUGGGACCACAUUCAGACCAUAGAUUCCUUAUUACGAAAGGGAGGUUACAAAGCUCCCAUUAGUAGUGACUUCAGGAAGACCAUUAAACUGACCAGGUACCGUAGCGAAAAGAUGACGUUGAGUUACUCCGAGUAUCUAGCUCACCGGCAGCACCAUCACUACCAGAAUGGCAUUGCUCACCCUGUGCCACCGUACAACCAUUAUUCCUGACAAUGACUUGCGUGACCAGUCACUUGAUCUCUCCGUGGACCUCUUCCCAGGGGACCAGUCCCCUUCCUGGUCUAGUUAUCUCUAUUACUGUACCAUUUUAUGAUGAUAGUUUCCGUUGCCGUGUCGACGGAUGGCUGUUGGCCUGACGUCGGCGUGGCAACGGUAUGCCAUGCCUCAUCAACCGUAAACACUUAUUUUUCUCCUUUCCGUUUUGUUUUUCUCGGCGUCUCUUCCCACCCCCCACCCCACCCCUUUUAUUUUCUCUCACCAGAAAAAAAAUAUUUUCUGUUGAAAUUAUCUCACGAUUUUUGUUUCGCUUUCUCGAGGAUUCUCAUUCUGUGGAUGAAGGGAAGGAGAGUUCAGGUAUAGCUAGGCUAGUCCUUAGGUCUGUCUGAGAUCUUAUGUUACAAACAGCUUGAGAUGCAGUACCCAAAUUCAGAUAGUAUUUUUACGUUAUUCUUAGGCUGUCGUUGGAUCUACAUUUCAUUCACGGCUGGAAGAACUUUUUUUAUAUUAAAAAAAAAGUCUUCAGUUCCAACUACAAAGAGCUCCAACUACAAAGUUCCAACUACAAAUUUCCAGGUGCUGUUCAACGUUACAGAUCACUGCAGUGUUGCUGCUUUUCUGACUUGUGUUUUCACAAAUACCCGUUUCAGGUAUGAAGAAAAUCGCAAGUCUUUCUUUCAAAGACUUAGCCGCAGGUGUAAG